UCUUCGCCUGCGCGUCACCGUGACCAGUCUGGUCCAGCCGAUGAUGCAAGUGCUACCCUCGUGAGACCCGGAUCAUCAUUCUGGGUCGUUCAAUUUUACAUAUAAAAGACCUCCUGGCAACUCACCGCCCGUGUUGGCGCCCAUCACUAUCAAGUCUUCAAGCAAAGCACGACUAUGGGGUUUACCGGUGUAUCUACCCUCACCAACGCGCUUGCGCGGGUUGACCUAAUCUCGCUAGCAGUCGCUGUUCCACUCGUACUCAUUCUGGGACUUAUAGUCCCCUAUUUCGUCGAUCCGCAUUGCAUCCGAAAUAAUGGCAUCACGGGUCCGCUGUCAGCACGCUUCUCAGAUGCGUGGUUGGGAUGGGUCGCAGCACAAGGACAUCGGUCGGAGGUCGUGCAUGAGAUGCAUAAGAAGUAUGGUACCUUUGUUCGAUUAGCACCUAACCACGUAUCAAUCAGCGAUCCCGCUGCACUUCAAAUCGUCUACGCACACGGAAAUGGUACCUUAAAAUCCAGCUUUUACGACGCCUUCGUUUCUAUCCGACGUGGGCUCUUCAACACUCGCUCGCGUCCGGAGCACACUCGAAAGCGCAAGAUCGUCUCACACAUCUUCUCGCAGAAGAGCGUGCUCGAGUUUGAGCCGCAUAUUCGUCUUCACGUCGGCGAACUGUUUACGCAAUGGGACAAACUGUGCGACGGAGGCAAAAGAGGUCUGAAAGGGACUGAGGGAGAUGGGUGGGAAGGACAUGAUGGAUGGGUUUGGUUUGAUUGUCUGCCGUGGUUUAACUAUCUGGCUUUCGACAUCAUCGGUGAUCUGGCAUUUGGGUCUCCCUUUGGUAUGAUCCUCAAAGGCAAAGAUGCCGCGCCAGUCGCGAAGGACCAGAAAGCUGCCAUCGCGGGGUACGGUCGCGAGUCUGCAUCCGAGAAAUCCGCAUGCGACGUCACUGAGCUUCCAGCCGUCCAAGUUCUCAAUGAUCGUGGAGAAUAUUCCGCAUCUAUGGGAGUACUUCCUCCAUGGUGGAGACCAUUUGUUCGUCGGAUUCCGUGGUAUGCAAAUGGAAACAGAGCGGUGAAGAAUCUUGCGGGUCUCGCUGUUGCUGCUGUUGCGAAACGCCUUGCGAACCCGACGGAUAGGACGGAUCUGCUUAGCAAGUUGCAGGAAGGCAAGGAUGAUGAAGGCAGGCCGAUGGGCAGGGAGGAACUUACUGCUGAGGCGUUGACACAACUUAUAGCUGGCUCUGACACCACGUCAAAUUCAUCAUGUGCAAUAACCUACCACCUUGCACACAAUCCGCACGUUCUCAAGAGGCUCCAGCAAGAGCUCGACACUGCUCUAGCUGGAGAAGACGACCCCGUCGCAACCUUCCAACAGGUCAAAUCUCUUCCCUAUCUCGACGCUGUCAUCAACGAAGUCCUGCGCAUUCAUUCCACCUCAGGAAUUGGCCUUCCACGUCUCGUGCCCGAGGGUGGGUUGACCGUAUGUGGCAAGACCUUCCCAGAGGGUACGGUAUUGAGCGUGCCGACAUAUACGAUUCAUCGCGACAAAGAAGUAUGGGGUGAAGAUGUAGAGGCCAUGAGACCCGAGAGGUGGUUGGAAGGUGACCAAGCUGCGAUUCAGAAGACGUUUAAUCCGUUUUCCUUUGGACCGAGGGCUUGCGUGGGACGUAAUCUAGCAAGUAUGGAAUUGCUGAUUAUCAUCGCGUCCAUUUUCCGGCGAUAUGAAUUUGUGCUUGAGAAACCAGACGAGCAGUUUGAUACCCGUGAAGGGUUCCUGCGCAAGCCGCUCAGAUGUCGCGUUGGGAUGAGGCGCCGAGAGCUCUAAUGACGAACAGUAACGGUCUUGCCAAAGCUUACUAUGUAACAAUGUUUAUGUAUUCCUGUUAUCUAAUUCUUUGGCCUAAAAAUAUCAAUAUACAAAAGCGAUCUCCCCAAAUCGGAGACUGCCUUCC